GCUAUCCACGCUCAGCUGUUGGCAGCUCCUCUAGCCGCGCGCAGUCAGUCCACGCUCGUCAAGGGGGCAGCAGUCUCGUUUUCACCUAGUGCAGCAACAGGUGACACGGAGUCGACGUGAACGCGUGUUCUCGUACCGGCACCGGGUCUAUUUCAGUGAUUUACCGAACCCGGAGGCGGCGGUCCUUCCAGAAGGAAAAGCCGAACGACCUGUUAUCAUUUAUACUGUGCGUUCUCGUUCGAUUUGUUCUGUGACGAUCUCAGUUUGUGUGAUGUGAUAGUUUUGCGACUGUUUUAGAUGUCGCCUUACAGCCGCUACAGGCCGUUACCCGGCUCCGACGGGCUGUCGGUCUUGCAGACACCGCCGGCGUGCAAACAGUCUCCGCAGGCAUCGGCCUGCAGGUUCUUGCGUUGGAUCUCGAAACUUGGACCGCAGUCGGUCAACAAACAAACUGUUACUAUAGGGGUCUUGGAUAUGACCGCCACGGAGAACACCAUCCGGUUCAGUGUCCACACACUGGACAAGGCAACCAAAGCCAAGGUGACCCUGGAGAAUUAUUACACUAAUCUCAUUGCCCAACAUUUGGAGAGAAAGCAGAGAUUGGCAAAACUGGAGGAGACUCUCAAAGAUGAAAACCUAUCCGAAGAUCAGAGACGGGAGAAGCGAACGGCGCACGCUCUAAAGGAGACGGAAUUUCUGAGGCUGAAAAGAAGUAGACUUGGCGUGGAGGACUUUGAGCCUCUCAAGGUAAUCGGAAGAGGCGCCUUCGGGGAGGUUCGAUUGGUGCAGAAGAAGGAUACCGGUCACGUGUACGCCAUGAAGAUCCUUCGGAAGGCCGAUAUGCUGGAAAAGGAGCAAGUGGCUCACGUGCGAGCCGAGAGAGACGUUCUAGUCGAAGCCGACCACCAAUGGGUGGUGAAAAUGUAUUAUAGUUUUCAAGAUCCCAUCAAUCUCUACCUGAUCAUGGAAUUUCUCCCCGGAGGAGACAUGAUGACCCUCCUGAUGAAGAAGGACACUCUCAGUGAAGAGUGCACACAGUUCUACAUAGCCGAGACUGCUUUGGCCAUCGAUUCUAUACACAAACUCGGUUUUAUCCACAGAGACAUCAAGCCCGAUAAUCUGCUCUUGGAUGCCAAAGGUCAUCUCAAACUUUCAGAUUUCGGACUUUGUACUGGCUUGAAGAAGAGCCAUCGAACUGAUUUCUAUAGGGACCUGAGCCAAGCCAAACCAUCGGAUUUUAGUAAAUUCAUUAUCUCUUCGAGUCCAAUGGAUAGCAAAAGGAGAGCCGAAAGUUGGAAGAAAAACCGUCGGGCAUUGGCUUACAGCACUGUCGGAACUCCAGAUUACAUAGCACCAGAAGUGUUCUUACAGACUGGUUAUGGUCCAGCCUGCGAUUGGUGGUCACUUGGAGUGAUAAUGUACGAAAUGUUGAUCGGGUAUCCCCCGUUCUGUUCAGAAAAUCCACAGGAUACUUAUCGCAAGGUGAUGAACUGGAGAGAUACUUUAGUUUUUCCUGCUGAAGUGCCCAUCUCUGAAGAGGCCAAAGAAACUAUUAUCAAAUUCUGUUGUGAAGCAGACAGAAGAUUGGGAUCUCAAAAAGGAAUGGAUGACCUUAAGAUUAUUCCAUUUUUCCGUGGCGUGGACUGGGAACACAUUAGAGAAAGGCCCGCCGCUAUUCCUGUUGAAGUACGAUCUAUCGAUGACACUAGCAACUUUGACGAUUUUCCCGACGUUAAACUAGAAAUUCCUUCAGCACCUAUGCCUUCAGAGAGUGACAACUAUAAAGACUGGGUAUUCAUCAACUACACAUUCAAAAGAUUUGAGGGUUUAACGCAGCGAGGCACACCUAAGAAGUAAACUUAUUGUGUGCUGUUGGAUGAAGUUUGUUCCUCAGGAGUUCUUUGGGCUCUUCUGAUAAAAUCGCUUGUUAUCAGAAAAAGAAAGAUUAGUCAUGUGCGAUUUUCUGAAAACAAGUGGGGAUCAGUUAUAUUUAUGUGUAUAGGUCUGAGACAUUUUUUGCACCAUUUGCUUAGGAGCUGUGAAACGCUGCGUUGGGCUUCGUUUGACAUAGAAUAAAAUGGAGUAUCAGAAUUUCAAUUUGAAAGUUUAUGGUAAUUGAAUCUUCAUUUUCAUAUAUAUUUUUCAUAGAUUCUGAUAUGGUUAUUGAUAAGAUGUUAUUUUUCUUAACCUGAAAAUAUUAGUUGUUUUCUGAAUUCAUUCAAAUAUACUUUAUUUAGAACUCU